AGCGCUGCAGGCUGCCCGCUCCCCUCCUUAUACACCGCCAGCGCCCUGUGGCCGGGGCCAGUACCCUCCACUGGAGCAAGCCUCUGCUCUGCUCGCUAGCCAUGGCGCCUCUCGCGGUGCUGCUCCUCCCCCUCCUGCUCGCCGCGUCCUCCAAUGCCGCCGCGCUCGCCAAGCCCGUGGAGUACCACAGCUUCGCAGCCACCCCGCUCUCGCCCCACCCGUACACCGCCCCGGCGGCCGGCGCCGACGAGGACGUCUUCGGCGGCAGCCUCGCCGCCUCCGCCGCGGCGGGGGAGGAGGCGCCCGCGGUGCGCUUCCGCGUGGUCCACCGCGACGCGUUCGCGGUGAACGCCACCGCGGCCGAGCUGCUCAGGCACCGCCUGCGCCGGGACAGGCGGCGGGCCGCGCGGAUCUCGCAGGCGGCCGCCGGCGGCGCGGCGGCCAACGGGACGCGGGCCGCCGGCGGCGGCGGGGUCGCGGCGCCCGUGGUGUCCGGGCUCGCGCAGGGGAGCGGCGAGUACUUCACCAAGAUCGGCGUGGGCACGCCCGCCACGCCGGCACUCAUGGUGCUGGACACCGGCAGCGACGUGGUGUGGCUGCAGUGCGCCCCCUGCCGCCGGUGCUACGACCAGUCGGGCCCGGUCUUCGACCCGCGGCGCUCCAGUUCGUACGGCGCCGUCGACUGCGCCGCGCCGCUGUGCCGCAGGCUGGACUCCGGCGGCUGCGACCUGCGCCGCCGGGCGUGCCUGUACCAGGUGGCCUACGGGGACGGGUCCGUGACGGCGGGCGACUUCGCCACCGAGACGCUCACCUUCGCGGGGGGCGCCCGCGUCGCGCGCGUGGCGCUCGGGUGCGGCCACGACAACGAGGGCCUGUUCGUGGCCGCGGCGGGGCUCCUGGGCCUGGGCCGCGGCAGCCUGUCGUUCCCGACCCAGAUCUCCCGCCGCUACGGCCAGAGCUUCUCCUACUGCCUCGUUGACCGCAUCUCCUCCUCAUCGUCGUCGUCUCGCUCCUCCACCGUCACCUUCGGCCCGGGCGCCGUGGCGCCCUCCGCGUCGGCGUCCUUCACCCCGAUGGUCCGCAACCCGCGCAUGGAGACGUUCUACUACGUGCAGCUGGUCGGCAUCAGCGUGGGCGGCGCGCGCGUGCCUGGCGUCGCCGAGUCCGACCUCCGCCUGGACCCCUCUACGGGCCGCGGCGGCGUCAUCGUGGACUCGGGGACCUCCGUCACCCGCCUCGCCCGCCCGGCCUACUCCGCGCUCCGCGACGCGUUCCGCGGCGCCGCGGCGGGGCUCCGGCUCUCCCCCGGUGGGUUCUCGCUCUUCGACACGUGCUACGACCUGGGCGGGCGCAAGGUGGUGAAGGUGCCGACGGUGUCGAUGCACUUCGCGGGCGGCGCCGAGGCCGCCCUGCCCCCCGAGAACUACCUGAUCCCCGUGGACUCGAGGGGCACCUUCUGCUUCGCGUUCGCCGGCACCGACGGCGGCGUGUCCAUCAUCGGCAACAUCCAGCAGCAGGGCUUCCGCGUGGUGUUCGACGGCGACGGCCAGCGCGUCGGGUUCGCGCCCAAGGGCUGCUGAGCUUCGCGGAGGGAGGGAGGAGCAACGGCGGCCGUGGCGCGGUUGAUUAAUUAGCGGGUGAUUAGCAGGUAAAAGAAGCGAGCCGCCUUGUUAGUCAUAAUUAACGGAGGAUGUCAGUGAGCGAGCUUUGGAUGCUGUGAAAAAGGUCAAGAGCUGGGCGAUGCAGAGUUUGUCUCUCAUGGCAGUGGUGCUGUACGACUAGUAGCUUUGGUGCGCGAGAGGAUAUCAGGAUAAGGCGGUUGGUCGAUGAAGGCUGUAAAAGGCCCUGUAAAAGUAUUUGGGUUAAAAAAAGAAGUGUGCUUCUGCUUUGUUGAGUCGAGUACUUUGCCAUUGUGGCGGCUGUAAAAGUGUCUUGAGCGGUAACUCGAAGAUGUUGGCCUUGCGCUGGCGGUGGCGAGCUC